AUUGAUAUCAUGUUUGGUACAAGUUCUUUUUGGAAAUUUUGAAUGUUUCGGGUUCUAUCGGAUAUCUAUUUAGGUUCGGAUUCAGUUCGGAUAAUACCCAUAACCCAAAAUACCAUAAAACAAGAUCCAUUCGGUUUUUAUGUCGGGUUCGGUCGGUUCGGAUUCAUUUUUAUCGGUUCGGGUUCGGUUCGAGUUUUCGGAUUCGGUUUAUUUGCCCAGCCUUAAUUACAUCAAAAGAAGAUAGAUGAAAUAUUGAUGUCUGUGAACAGGGAAGAAGAGGGAUAACUUUUUUUUUUUACAUUGGAUAAUUAUGCUAUUACAACUAUCAGAAAUAUUACAAACGAUUUUACAGCCGAUUCAGGCAUGACUAUUUCACCUGAGCUGAUUCAGGCAUGACUGCAUCACCUGAGCCGCCCUAUGGGAUCCACGCUUGACGGUACUCCUUGUGCAAUGAUGCAGAUCUCUUGUAAGUCUUUUUCUCUCUUAAUUCGUAUAAUUUUGUCUUUUUCGGGAAUUAAAACCCAGACUUUCUGAUAUAGAAGCAUUAAUGAAUUCUUAGUUAAACCACUGUACCAAAGAAGUUUCCACCCUUGCAUCAAAUUAAAGGGCUUAAAUUAAAAUUAUUGGGAUAUGACAAAUUGCAUCAAAACUCCCUUAAAUUAUUAGCAAACUGACAACAAUCUAAACUAUACUAAAAGGAGAAUAACAAGCCUUAUGAGCUAUGCCACCUAGGAUCAGAAAAUCAGCCAGUAAUAUUGCAUCAAUCAUCCAUGUCAUUUUUGUUUAAUAUUGAUUUGGGCUUCGUGUUUUGUUUUGGGCUUCUUAUUUUACAUUUCCUUAGUUUGUUUAGGGCUUCUUCUCUUAGCUUUGUCGACUCAUUCUCUCUUUUCUUUUUUUGGUGAUUCUACCGUUCUUCUCUUACCUUUAGACUUCCACAUCCUCCUUUGCUCUUCUCUCCAAAUCCGUUUGAACUCAUACUUUCACCACUAACUGCUCUAAUCAAACCUUGCUUGAGCUCUUCAAUGGAUUAUUUUCAUCUUUCUUUCAGUUAUUCUGGCGAAAACUCUACAAAGUUAAUAAUCAAAUGUUUACCCCUAUUGUUUCAGAUCUCCUCCAUAACGUACCUUCUUAUCUCUCUCUCAAGGGAAAACGAAGAUGAUUGAGUCCAAGUCUCCGGUCUGCAACACUUGCGGAGAGGAGACUGGUGUGGAAUCAAACGGAGAGUUCUUCGUUGCUUGCCAUGAAUUCAAAGAAGGUCGAAGAAUCUGCUUGCGUAGCGGCAAGCCUUACGAUGGUAAUUAUCACAUUUCUUCAAAUGUUUUUCCAUAAAUUUUGUAUCUUUUUUUUUUUUGUUAAAAGUAGUUUCACAAUUUAUGAUAUUUUAUUUGCUUACUCCUCAGAGAAUGUGCUUGAUGAUGUUGAGACAAAGACAUCUAAACACCAAUCCACUGUUGCAACACACAUCAGUAACACUCCUCAGGAUUCUGGAAUUUAUGCUAGACAUAUAAGUACAGUCUCCACAAUAGACAGUGAACUCAACGAUGAAUAUAGAAAUCCUAUAUGGAAGAACAGAGUUGAUAGCUGGAAAGACAAGAAGAGCAAGAAGAAGAAGAAACAUGCAAAGGCAACAAAAGCUGAAGACCCUGAUGCUCAGGUUCCUCCCCAACAGCACAUUGAAGAUAUAUCACUGAACGCAGAGGCUGCUUCUGCUACAGAUGUGCUUUCUGUUUUGAUUCCUAUCCCAAGGACAAAAAUUACUUCAUACAGAAUCGUUAUCAUCAUGCGUUUAACCAUCUUGGCUUUGUUUUUCCACUACCGUAUCACCCAUCCAGUGGACAGUGCUUACGGUCUAUUGCUAACAUCUGUGAUAUGUGAGAUCUGGUUUGCUUUCUCGUGGGUGUUGGAUCAGUUUCCUAAAUGGUCUCCUAUCAACAGAACGUAGAGCCAUGAAAGUAAGUAAACAAAGUCUUUAAGAAUAUCCAUAACAUUAUCAGAAACUUAACUCUUGGUUUCUUUUUUAAGAGAUUAUGAAGAGUUCAAGAUCAGAAUGAGGUGCAUUGGCUGCGUCGAUGAAGAAAUCAGUAAAACAAGAUUUUUUAGAAGACGAUGGAAAGUCCGGUAAAGCUGUUGGAACAUCCACACCUGACAAAGGUGUUAUAUAUUUGGAGAGGAGGCAGGCAUUUUUGGCUUUGACCAAAGCUUCUCCCGGCAUAUCAGCCAAUGGUAGCUUAGGUACUGGUUCGUCCAAACUUUUGGUCUUAAGCACAAAAUCAUUAGACGUUCAUAGAGUCUAAUGAGAGCUCAAUGGACCUUUUAGGCAUUCUAACUUUUAAUCUUUAGUGUAUUCAAAGAUGGUGUUGUAGUUUUAGAUACACAAGCAAUUUUUUCAUGGAAAGGCUAUCAAGGCUCUUUAUUUUUUUUUUCUGCAUUUUAAGUGAUGACACUUUAGUCAAUACAUAUUUU